AUGAGCAGACAACAUCUACCCGAGCCCAGCGACGGCGAGAUGUAUUUGACUAGAAUCCCCAAAUUCCUGUCCAUCGAACCUCGGAAAUAUCACCACACCACCUACCAACCACCUACCACUGAUCAUCACUCGCGUGAGGCUGCCCCUGGCUUCUCCGCCUUCAGUACCGCCAUCAGCACUGUUCACUGGAGACGCUCUCCUUCCGACGAUCAGAAAAUUCAGUCCAAUGCACGCAUUCUGCGCUGGUCUGAUGGCAGCUUGACACUACAACUCGCCUCGAACCCUACACAGCAAUACGAAAUUGAGGGCAACCCCCUUGCUCCUCGCCAGCGUCACCCUACCAAGCCUACCCCAACAAGUCUGAGACCUGGCAGAAAGGAUCACGCCAACGACUCAUACACAUAUUUGACUGUCCCUGAUCCUUCUAACGGUCUCCUUCGCGUCACUCACAAAAUUACUGCUGGCCUGUCGAUUCUUCCUUCCGCUGAUACGACCGAUGAUGCACUGGAGAAGUUGCAAAACUCGCUGGCUGCCAUUUCGCAAGGCAAGAACAAGAGCAGCGCAGGCGGUAUCGAAGUUCUCAACAUUGACGAAGAUCCCGAGUUGGCCAAGAAGAAGGCCGAGGUCGCAGAAAGAGAAAAGGAUCGUGCUCGCAAGCGAAGAGAAGCAGCCGAAACCAGAGAGCGCGAGAGAAACGGACGUGCACUUGGUCGCGCGGGUCUUGGCUCGAGGGGCUAUGGCGGUAGUCUCACUGCUGGCAUGCUCGAAGACGAUGAGCUUGGCGGUGGUGGUCGCCAAAGAGCUAGAGCAAAGCCUAAGAGGCGCCAACGCCGCAACAGUGAAUACAGCGAGGAUGAAGACUUUGGUCGCAAGAAGAGCAACUUUGGCAACGACGAGUACGACGAAGAGGACGACUUCAUCGCCGGUAGUGACGAAGAGGAAGCUGUUGACGAUGAUGAGGAUGAGGACGAUGGCAUCGUCGAGGAUAGGCGGCCUAAAGAGCGUGCACCUAAGCGUGCAAGUCCCGAUGAAGACGACGAGGACGCAGAAGGCGAAGACGAUGACAUUCCUCAGGCCGGCAGAGCCAAAAGAAGGAGGGUCAUCGACGAAGACGACGACGACGAGUAA